AUGAGAGUUUACUACACCAUUAAAUAUUCACCCAAAUGGAAAUAUAUUAAUACCGAUGGAAAUUCAAUUAAUGGACUUCAGGCUUGGAUAACUGAUGUUGUUGUUGGUAAACAUAAAGCAAACCAUAUACAACCGAUUAUUAAAAACAUAGGAUAUCCAGUUUAUAAGGAUGUGGAAUUUAAAAUUCCAUACCCUGAAGUUCAUCAUGCACAGCAACCUUAUCCUGUUCUAGUUCCAAUGCUACAUCCGGUUCCCUUUGAGGUUACGAAGACUGUGGUAAAAACAGUCGAGAAAAAGGUUCCAACUCCAGUUGAGAAAAUUGUUCCUGUACCAGUGGAAAAACUAGUACCAUUUAAAGUAAUAAAACAUGUUCCUGUACUUGUCGAUAAGAAAAUACCCAUUAAGAUCCCAGUGUAUAAAACUAUUCAUCAUAAAGUUCACUGA